CAUUAUGUUUCAAGACCUUAGUGGAAUAGCAUCAACCAAAAAAUGGGAAAUCUUUGAUAUGUUUGGAUUAUUUUAAUCAUUCAUUUUAUCAUGUCACCUUCUUAGUUUAGGCUAUAUAAACUUCUAGUUACUCAAUUCUAAAACACACAAGAAAAACAAAAAGAAACAAUCUAGCCUUAAUUAGAGUUCAAAUCUUCUAAAAUGGGUAGCCAAAUGAAGAAGGAAUGGCCUCAAUUUGCUUUUGCUUUGACAUUUUUCUUGAUUGCCACAUGCACCAUAGCAUAUUCACCCUCUAGUGAAUCACCAACUUCAACAUACAAUAAGGCUUCAUCCUUGCCAAAGAAUGACUACUACAAAAAGCCAUCAAUUCCAAAAGAUAGCUACAAAAAGGUGCCGUCUGUUCCAAAAGAUAACGACUACAAGGCACCCUCGGUGCAUGAAAAGGAAUAUCAGGCGCCAUCUUUGCCAAAGAAUGACUACUACAAGAAGCCAUCAAUUCCAGAAGACAGCUACAAGAAGGUGUCCUCUGUUUCAAAAGAUAACGACUACAAGGCACCCUCGGUGCCUGAAAAGGAAUACCAGGUGCCAUCUUUGCCAAAGAAUGACUACUACAAGAAGCCAUCAGUUCCAGAAGACAGCUACAAGAAGGUGCCAUCUGUUCCAAAAGAUAACGACUACAAGGCACCCUCGGUGCCUGAAAAGGAAUACCAGGAGUCAUCUUUGCCAAAGAAUGACUACUACAAGAAGCCAUCAGUUCCAGAAGAUAGCUACAAGAAGAUGCCAUUUAUUUCAAAAGAUAACGACUACAAGGUACCCUCAGUGCCU